AACAUCACAUCAUUAAUAUCAAAAACAUCGCCUGCUAAGAAAGGGUUGACGAAUAUUUGAUUAUUUUUCCUUUGUGCUCUCCCACUGCCACUAUAGCGUUAUUAUAAUAUUAAUACUUAAUUAUAUUGAUAAUUAUUGUUAUUAUUAAAUUAAUCGAAAACGAUGCAAUUAUUAUGUAUUUGUUCCACUUUUCCAUUUUGCAUGUAAGGUUUGGUUUGCAUUUGGGAGUUGAAAAAGUUGGUUCUUUUUUUGUUCACCACCUGUUUGCAGAUUUGUUUCUUUGAAAUGUUUAGGGAUAAACAAUAAUCAUUGGGGAAUUGAGUAUUACUGUAUCUACUACUAGUUUUUAAUACAUAUGUUUCGAAGAUUUGGAUGGUUUGUGGGUCUGAAUCAAAAGAAUUUGUCAACUAAAAGGUUGCACAGUGUUGACCGACAUGACACUGCAACUCUAAAUCAUCACUUGCCUAUGCUAGAUGCUGUUCAUGAAGUUGCCAUUUACAUUCAUAGGUUUCAUAAUCUUGACCUUUUUGAACAAGGGUGGUACAGAAUCAAGAUUACAAUGAGAUGGGAGGAUGGUGAAGACUCUUAUCCUGGGAUUCCAGCAAGGGUUGUUCAGUAUGAAGCUCCUGAAGUGGGUGCUGACAAUUUAUGUAGAGUUUGGAUGAUUGAUGAUACAGACAACAGUUUUUCGACACCACCAUUCCGGAUUAAAUAUGCAAGGCAGGAUGUAUUUCUUUGUAUCAUGAUCUCAUUCUAUCUAUCUUAUGGUGGAUAUAAGGGGAAAUCCUCUGCUGUUAUGUUGAAGUUCCAGCUCUUGCACACUCCAACACCUGAAAUCCGGCCUGAGUUACAAAGUUCACUGGAUGCAUAUGCAGUUUCAGUUCAUGAGUAUAGAAUCCCUUCUAAAGCUCUUCUGGGAUUGCAUUCAUAUUGCCCUGUACAUUUCGAUGCUUCCCACGCUGUUGUUGUAGAUACAACUGUUCAUAUCAGUCUAGUAAAACCCAAUUAUCAUAAACCGCAAUUGAAGGUACCAAGUGAUUCUUCGGCUUGUGAAGGAACUUAUGGCGAAGACUUUGUUGGGUCAAACAAGGUUAUGCUCAUCAAAGCAUUGAGGACAGCCCAUGAUAUCCUACUUGAAGACCUGAGAAAAAUAAGCAAAGGAAUUAACAAAGCUAUUGAUUUGACGGGAACAACUUUUGAACCAGAUGUUACCAAAUCAUUACAUUAUACUUCACCAGCACAUGCGAAAAGUAUUACUGGGGAAGCAUCUCUUCAACUGUCCGACACGACACAAAUCAGUGAUGAGGAUUUGUUAAACUCUUUGCAAUCUAGUGGGAACCAGAUCUUAUAUCUUUGGAAUUCAUUUCUGAAAUUUCACAGGGAGAAUAAAACAAAGAUACUGGAAAUUCUACGCAACUCAUGGGCUAACGAUCGAAGAACUGAAUGGUCAAUAUGGAUGGUGUACUCAAAAGUUGAGAUACCCCACCAGUACAUGAGUAAGGGUGUUGAGAGGACAUCAUUGAACCGUGGCAUACAUGGACGAUCAUCAAGUACAUGGAAACUAACUGAUGAUCCUGUUCAAACUGCCAUAGUGCGAGCUGAACUUCACAGACAAGGUAUAGCACAAAUGAGGAUCAACAAUCGUUCACUUCAAGACAUGUUUAUAUUUAAAGACCCUUUGCGGAUUCCUAUUAUCAUUGUCGAGCGCUUGGAAAAUAUGUACCAUUCUGCCUGUAUAAAGUCAUACUUUUAUCCUUCCAAGGAAGAAUCAGAACAUGUCCUUGAAAAUGGAUAUACAGCCAUAAACAAGUUAUCUGGGAUAGGUCCACAUCCAAAUGAGCACGUUUUGAGAGUAGUUGUUUUUGUUCAUGGUUUUCAGGGACAUCAUUUAGAUUUACGGCUUGUUCGUAACCAGUGGCUUUUAAUAGACCCCAAAAUACAAGUUCUCAUGUCAAAGACAAACGAAGAUAAAACAUCAGAAGAUUUCAGAGAAAUGGGAUUACGGCUUGCGCAGGAAGUUAUCUCUUUCCUGAAAAGAAAGAUAGAUAAAGCUUCAAAAAUCGGAAACUUAAAAGAUAUCAAGCUUAGCUUUGUUGGUCAUUCAAUUGGGAAUCUCAUUAUCAGAACUGCUUUAGCAGAAAGCAUAAUGGAGCCAUAUCUAAGAUAUUUGUAUACAUAUGUUUCUAUAUCUGGUCCACACUUGGGUUAUAUGUACAGUUCAAACUCUAUAUUCAAUUCAGGAUUGUGGCUUUUGAAGAAGAUAAAGGGCACACAAUGCAUACAUCAACUAACUUUCACUGAUGAUCAUGAUCUUGAGAACACCUUCAUAUUCAAGCUUUCAAGGAAGAAGACACUGGCAAACUUUAGGAAUGUGAUUCUUUUAUCCUCACCUCAGGAUGGUUAUGUUCCAUAUCAUUCAGCCAGAAUAGAACUGUGUCCAGCUGCUUCUUUGGAUUUUUCUAAACAAGGGAAAGUCUUCCUGGAGAUGUUAAAUAAUUGCUUGGACCAAAUACAAAUGCACUCCGAACACCGCGUGGUCAUGCGCUGUGAUAUAAACUUUGAAAUUUCUUCCUACGGCAGGAGCUUUAACACACUCAUUGGACGCACCGCUCAUAUUGAAUUCCUCGAGUGUGACAUUUUUGUCAAGUUCAUAAUGUGGUCUUUCCCUGAGCUGUUCAGGUAUUAAACACAAGGAAAUUCAGAUGUAAUUCGUGUGAAUUUUUUAAAUGUUUUAUUUCAAAAAUUUGCAUUUGUAUGUGUACAAAGAUCAGAAGCACGGGCGUAGGAUGCAAAGAUCACAAGUGUUUGUUAUUUUGUAGUUGUUGUUAGUUAAGUAGGCUUAGGAAAUUUGGUAAAAUGCUGUAUAGUGUGUCACAUGAUAUUCAAAAACCCUUUUGCCAAAAUUCAAUCUAUUUUGCUUGUCAGACACUUUCCA